AUGUUUGGGCUCUUGAAAUCUAGUGUUUGUGAUGACUCUUCAGGUGAGACAGAUUCUGAGGACCACACUUUGGAUCUCAACAGCAGCAUCGAGGACAUUCUGUCGCUACACGCCUCCCUUCAGGGCACAGAAUAUUUCAGAGAUCUGGAUAUCCAUCUUACUGGAGAAACCAACGCCAUGCAGGAAAUGACCACGUCUGUGAACAGCUGCCCAUGCAACAAGCCACAGAAGAACAAUGGACACUGUUUCCAGCAGGAGAACAGCAGUAACUCUUGCCCGGGCUCCCUUUCUUAUCAAGAGAGUUCCAAGGCCACCAGCGAACCCCGGCAAACCACGAACACACAGGAUUUAUGUGCCUAUGCUGACAGAGAAGGUGAUGGCUCUCUCGUCAAUACAGUUAAAUACCUGGGGGACUUGGACACCAAGGCGGAUAUAGCCAUCGAGCCUGAGACAUUUCCAAUACUUCUGAGGACUCUGUCCAACUCGCGGAGACACAGUUGGGAAUAUCCUGUAUCGCCAGUGGACCCAGGGAAAAGGUUUAGUCUGGAUGCGUCUGCCAUGAACAGCGAUGGGGAGCAAGGAGACACAGACCCAUCUCAGCUGACCGAGUCCUUCACCUUCCCAGAGGGAGGCCCGGCGGGACUGAGCAAUACUGCAGGAGAAAGGGAAGAGAAAAAUCCCCCGCAGGAGUGUCCCAACCCCAAACCAAAGGAUGGAUCGGACCUGGAAGACAAUAGCAAAAGGCUCAGGUCAAAGUCUGUGGUGCUUUUGUCAGAAAGAGUUGGCUCGGCCCGCCUGUCUCGAAGUCUAGAGGAUUGGUAUCCAGCUCCUGAAGAACAAAAACCCAGAGAGGAAAGUGAAAAGUCUCCCGAAGAGCAGUGCCGCAUGCUGAUGGUAAACCAGGUGUUGCAAGAACUAAAGCAUUACCACGGAGCAAAGCAGAGGCAGGAGACAGAAGGAAAAGCAUCAUCUUCACAAAACCUGACCUGGUAUGAAUUUCUCUCUAAUGCAAACGAAGAAGAGGACAAGACAGACAAAGUGGAGAAAGGAACCAAAGUGAAACGGAGGCUGAGUUCUCUGAGGAGCAGAGUAGCAGGCUCCUUCCAGAAAGACAAGGGUAAGAAUCGAGAAAAAGAGCAGCAAAAAGAAAAAGAAAAGGAAAGGGAGAAAGAGAAGGAAAAAGAACCAAAAGAAAAGAUGCAACUGAGAAAUGGGCACCAGCUGGUGCCGGGCACAUUCUCCAGCUGUACCACUUGCACGUUGUGUGGCAAAACACUGCUGAGAAAGCCUGGGCUGCAGUGCAUGAACUGUGGCGUGAAUGUCCACAAGAGUUGCAAGAACCUGCUGGGUGAAUGUAGCAGCGGUAAACUCAAGAGAAACCAGACUCCUGGGUCUCCACAGAGCACAGGACACAAUCAAGCCGGCUCGUUUCUGAAGGAACAGCCCCGGAGUGCCUUCUCGGGUCCUGAUGGCUCCUGUGCUUCCUCGCGCAGUCCAGGCAUGACCAUCACACAACGGGGAAGCAACGCUCAGCCCACAACCAGCACCGCUGCCACCCACGCCAAUACAUACAGAUCAAUCACAGGAGAGAUGGAAGAGAUAGAUGGGUUUAUAAAACUAAAGCAACAGUCAGAAGAUGCUGUCUCGCUGGCUCCGUCCACAGCGGAGUCCAUUGUAAUCGAAGAUGCACAGUAUGCAUCUCUCAGGGGGGAGCUGGAAGUAGAUGCCCAGGACAUUGAAGCAGAAUCAUGGAGUCUGGCUGUCGACCCCGUGUACUUAAAGAAACACCAGAAGGAGGCGGUGAAGAGACAAGAUGUUAUACAUGAGCUGAUCCAGACUGAGAUGCACCACGUCCGGACGCUGAAGAUCAUGUUGAGCGUCUACGUGCGAGGAAUCAGGGAGAACCUGCAAAUGGACGACAGCAAGGUGGAAAAAAUCUUCCCUUGUGUCGAGAACCUCCUGGAAAUCCACAGACUGUUCUUAUCUCGGCUGAAGGAAAGGCGGAAAGAAUCCUUGGAGGAAGGGAGCUACCACAACUACGUCAUUCACAGGAUAGGUGAUAUCCUGGUGUCGGAGUUUUCUGGAGAGAUUGGAGAGAGAAUGAAGGAGAGCUACGGGAAAUUUUGCAGUCAUCACAGUGAAGCCGUCACCUAUUAUAAAGAGCUGCUACAGAAUAACAAAAAGUUCCAGAACUUGAUUAGGAAAAUCAGUAACCUUUCUAUAGUAAGGAGACUUGGAGUGCCGGAGUGUAUCUUGUUGGUCACUCAGCGCAUCACAAAGUAUCCUGUAUUGGUGGAAAGAAUCAUACAGAACACGGAAGUUGGUUCAGAAGACCACGAGGAGCUGACCCGAGCUCUGGGCCUUAUUAAAGACACCAUCACACAAGUCGAUGCCAAAGUCAGCGACUACGAGAAUAAAACUAGGCUUAAAGACAUUGCCAGCAAAAUGGAGCCCAAAUCUUCUGGGAAAUUCAAAGACGGGCGCUUAUUCCGCAAGGAGGAGAUACUGAAUGGGAGACGACGGCUCUUACGUGAAGGAAUGGUUUAUUGGAAAGCUGCUUCAGGGCGUCUUAAAGAUAUUCUGGCUGUGCUGCUUACUGAUGUACUUUUGUUAAUACAAGAAAAGGACCAAAAAUAUACAUUUGCUACUGUGGAUAGCAAACCGUCAGUGAUCUCCCUGCAGAAGCUAAUUGUGCGAGAAGUGGCCCACGAGGAGAAAGCCAUGUUCUUGAUUUGUGCCUCCUCGGCAGAGCCAGAGAUGUAUGAAAUUCACACUACCUCCAAAGAGGAGUGCAACACCUGGAUGAACUUAAUCCGCCAGGCGGCAGAAAGUUGUCCUGAUGUAGAGGAAGGAGUUUCAAGUGACCCGGAGGAAGAACGCAGACUGGCUGAGGCACGAGCCCUUAAAUUAAAAGAAUUCCAAGGUACAUUGUUGGGGGGGGGAACCUUUGUAUUUUCACUAAGAACAGGAAAAGGUUCAAAGUUAUAUGUUAAAUAUUCAUUUGAAAAUCUUCAGAACCUGCUGAUUUCCCAUGGGAGGGAUGUGAGCUGGCAACCUGAAGACGGGCUGGGGUCCUCGGGGUUACCACAGCGAGCAGAGACGUUCGGAGGAUAUGAAUCCAGUCCCACCGUUAUGAAUAAAAAUGGCAGCAUGAAGAAAAAGUCUUACACUGUGUCCUACACUGGGGAACACAAGCUAAGAGAAAGGAGAGGCCAGCUGACAAGCUAUGACCCCGAGCUGCAGGACCUGUGGGGUGAUGAAGCCGCGCAACAAAAGUUUAUUCAGAGUGUGCAGACCUUGUCACAACUGCUUUACAGUCUUCAGGCCAUCAUUGCACAACAAGACAGCUACAUGGAGCUCCAGCGAGCGUCUCUGCCGGACCGGGACAGGCAGAACCGACUGCGGGGCAACGGGCUUCUGGAGCAGGAGAAGCAGCGCAACUUCGAGAAGCAGCGGGAAGAGAUGGCCAACUUCCAGAAGCUGCAGAGCCAGCUGCGUCUGGAGCAGCAGCGCUGGGAGCGCGACCGGGAGAAGCAGCGACGGCUGGCCGAGGUGGAGGAGGAGAGGCUGAAGGAGCGCGAGGAGGAGUGCCGGCAGCUCCAGGAUCGGCUCCGGAAGGAGCACGAGGAGCUGGAGAAGCAGCGGGAGAAGUACCAGCAGGACCUGGAGCGCCUGCGGGAGUCCACGCGGACCGUGGAGAAGGAGAGGGAGCGGGUGGAGCAGCAGAAGUGGAAUCUGAGGAAGCUCAAGACCAUGUCCUUUGCACCAGACAUAUCGCAGGGCAAUAACAGCAGUCAUUCCAUCAGUUUUAAUGGAGAUGGGUUCCUAAACAUUGAAGGCGCCCCUCAGCUGCCAGGGAAGCCACAGGGCCAUUCGAGUCAGCCUGGGGCAGAUUACCUGGAGCGGCCAGAAGUCUUACUGAGGCGAGAGAACAGCACCGCAGAGGCCCGGCCCGUGAUCAAGUCUGAGGUGCCCAUCCACCUGAUCAGCACCACCAACCAGCUCCACAAGCAGACUGGCGUGCAACAACGCAUCCCCACCAAGCUGGCUCUCCUCUCCUCCAAGGGCAAAGACAAGGGCAGCAGAGGCAAGGGAUCCCACAGAACGGAAAGCGCAGCUGCAGACCUGAGGCAGUUGCUACCGCUCAGACUGUCUGGAAAGGAGGACGGUCCUUUAAAAAGCAAGAGGCCUGCUAGUCCAAAUCAAAACUUCCAAAAAGAACCAGCAAGCCCUCCAGACAACCUUCCCGAUGCCACUCAUCUGCACCCACACGGUAUGCAGAAACACAACCACCAGGGAUCACCACAGGCCCUCUCCCCACAGCCCAGCAUUACUGAGGAGGUGACCAAGGAGGACGUCAUCUUUUUCUAGUCCAAACUCGGGAGAGGGAUUUCUGGACAGCUGGUCGCACAUUAGAAAGAUAGGCAUUGAACAUAAUUUAGCUACUGUGGAGGGAGGGGAAAAAAGUAAAAGGUGAUUUAUUUUUAAAACUUAAGGUACUUUUGUUUUUAAACUGCAAAGAAUGUAUUUUAAUUUUGCUAAUAACCUGUGUUUUAUAAUUAACCUAGUGUAAUUUUAAUCCUGAUCGAUAGCCCAUAGAUGCAGUUAAAACUGUGAUUCGUUGCAUGAAGAGAUUCUAUUUUUAUUUUUUUAAUGGUUAAUUUACUUGCAUUUCCAAAGACCAAGACUUCCUGAUGCAACUGCUGGUGGAGUUAGCUGUAGUUGGCUUUGUGGGAAGUGUUUGAAAUAUUAAAAAAAAAAAAAAAAAAAAAAAAAAACUUGACAUUGAAGCAUUAAAACACUGCUGUGAGUUGUUGUUGAAUACAUGUGCUGCACUGGUAAUCGUUCUCAAUAACUGGGGAGGACCUCAAGGAAGUACGUGCAGUGAGAAUACGUUCCCUGAUAAGCACUGUGCUUGGAGAUCCACGCUUAUUCAUGUAGCAGACAACUGUCACACUGAACAGGAAAAGGCCAGCUGCACCACAUUGUGAUUUGGCUCAGAAAUUGGUAAAUUCACUUGGGUUUGCCUACAUUCAGUCAAGCACCCAGCAGAAAGCUGUGACCCCAUUUGGAUCACUCUUCUCGGUCUGCGUGUCAAGCCUUGGUCAAGGGACAGUUAAAAGUUUAAAGCAGCAGGACUGAUCCGUUAAACCUGUACUUCUUUCAAGUGCUUCAGCAGGGCAGUACACGGCCUCACGCUGCCUGACAAACUACUUCUAGAUACAUAUUAUCAACGACUUGCUGUGGCCAGAUUAAUUUCCCAACCUGUCCUCAAGCAAACACUUGUGGGAACAGCUUGGGAGACCAAUUCUAAACAGACACUUGUUGGCACUCCCAUGGUGUUCUUAUUGUGGGUGUCUCACUUUGGGGGUUACGAGGUUAAAGCAAUAGUAACGUGUGUUAGUCUGUCGCUUACAGGUGUAAGUACACGGCACACAGAAGAUAACAAAAAGUACUAUAACAUGAAUUGUAGGUAUCUUUUUAAGGUCAUUCCCAAGGCAUGGGUUACCAUGAGGUAAGCUGAGGUAACUGGGUUUUACACAGUUCAAAAAAUAGGUUCUUAUUUUGAGUUUGAUAAGUCCAUGUGUAAAAGGAGGUGGGGGGGGGGGGUUCUUUCAGGAUUGCAUUCGUGAACAUGGAGAUCUGGAAACAGGAGGCACUUGGUUUGACAAUUUAACAGAGGGCUUCUGAGGUGCUGUUCUCAGUAGUUUUACUGUUCUGUAAGAAAAUGGUUAUCACAUUGUGUUCUAGCCCAUACCUAUCUUGCACAAAUUCAGACUGCCACUCCUUACUCACAUUUCUAUGUGGCUCUGGGACAGCAAUGUAUGUGUGCAUUAUUUGUAUAAUACACACACACCAUUCCCCUCAACUCAACCGUGUAACUUCAUGCCCAAAUUAUUAAUUUAACUUCCUUAUGAAAGGGCCAACAAUGCUACUGUAUGUGGUUCAAGUUUGCCAAAGCUUUAAUACUUUUUUAAAAUAUAAAUAUAUAUUUAGGUAAUUCUAUUUACAACACGGGGGAGCUCAGCUUGCCUCAAGGCAUUGAGUAACAACCUAAUUUAAUGCUAUUUAAAGGGUCUUUUAAAAUAAAUGUUAUGAUGCAUGAAAGGAUGCUCUGCAUGUGUUUAAAACAGCAACCCACUGCACAUCUUACAGGGCCAACAGCAAUGCAUUCUAGUAGGGCAGUGAUCACCCAGAAAAAGGUCACGGGACACAGUGGUGCCUAAAUAUUUAUGCGAAAACUGUACAUAUUUUUUUCCUUAUUUAUUUUCUCUAAUAGAAUUGUACUUUUUAUUAUUGCUCGUUUUUGUUGAUUUUAGUAAGGAUUUUGUUAUUUGGUUACUGAUACAUACGACUAGUAAAUGCAGAAGUGACUGCAAACUUCCUGAAGUCUCAUUCUCCUUCUGCAGAGAAGGCAGCAGAUGUUGUUUUGCGUAUUUAUUAAACAAACAAACAAAAAAAAAAAACGUAGUGAUAAAUCAUGUUGAUUAGUCUUAAAAUAUUAAAAGGGUGAUCGGAAUAUACUAGCAUUUGCUACUUAAAGCAAAACGUAGAACUAGAAACAAAACCAUGUUGCUAACGGAUUUGGACUUGUUAGUCCUUUUAGUAGUUCCAAUACUCUUGGUCUUAAAAUGAGUGAAAAUAUAAGCAUGAAAGAGUUUUACUGAAGGAAAUUGAUAACACUUUUGGUUUUUUAUUUACCUUUUGAAUAGAAUAAUUCCUUGUGACUGCCAAGGAUAAUAAUGGAGUAUAUUUUAGUUUCAAGAAAACACACGCGCACAUACAAAUCUGCUUACAGCACCUUGCUGCAUUUUUUGGCUUUAAUAGUUGUGCCAUUGUGUACUGUCAAUAAAUAUUGCCUUUUUUAGUUUGUAUAAAUGCAUUUUUCAGAUUUUUAUAUGAACUGUUGAGCACUUUAUAACAUUUCUGCAUAUGAAAUACUAUUCUUUUGGCGCACUCUACAAAAGCAGCAGUUGCGUUUUUAUAUAAAUAAAAACAACAUGCUAAUGCAA